AUGGCCGUUGGUGUUAAGAAGCCGGCCGCCAAGGGCGCGGCGAAGAAGAAGGCCCUGGUCUUCACCAUCGACUGCGCCAAGCCGGUGGAGGAUAAGAUUAUGGACAUUUCUUCUUUUGAGAAAUUUUUGCUCGAUAAGAUUAAGGUGGACGGCAAGACCGGUGUGCUGGGUGACUCCAUUAAGGUGGCUAAGGAGAAGACCAAGGUGACCGUCACUGCGGAGACGCACCUCAGCAAGCGGUACCUUAAGUACCUCACGAAGAAGUACCUCAAGAAGCACAACGUGCGUGACUGGCUGCGCGUUAUUGCCUCUAACAAGGACAGGAACGUCUACGAGCUCCGAUACUUCAACAUUGCGGAUAACGAUGCUGAGGAGGAUGAGUAA